UUGCGGCUAUAAUUUCGCUGUAUACUUGUAGGUUAUUUGUAUACAUGUAUUAGUCUAAGUUAUACUAAGUCCUGUUGUGUAGGCUAUUUGCAGAUACUUGGGUGUCCGCAGUACUAAGUUGAGCUAACCCUGAUGUAUACAUUAUUCAAUAAAUAUGUUUCGAGGUCAGCACCAUUAGAAACCGGAUUUCAGCUAUUUCCGGUUUUACAGUAAUCUUCAUGCACCACACACAAAACGGGGUUAAAUCUUGAAUGCCAUUUUAUUUUUUUUUAUUUAAAUAGGAUGUAAAGGAAACAAGUUUGCAUGAUUUUUUAAGGGAAGUCGAAUGUUGGGGGUAUACAUGAUCCCCUCCUAUUCACACCGGAGACGGCUAAGACCUUUGACAAACAGUCUUCCCCACUGCGCCCCUGGUUUGCCACCACUUCACUUUCUUGUCAAAUGGAAAUCUUGAUUAUAUGUAGUAUUUAGAUUAAGUUUCUAUGUGACCAUUUGGAGGUGUGUGGUUUCUGUGAAGGUUGACACACAAUGUGUGUGAUAUAGUGUUUAAUGUGUUUGAAUGAUUUUCAAAAUUCAGGAAUGAUAUAGUUCGUCAUGGCUUCACAUCAGCAGCAGGUGAAAAUAUUCCAGAUCUGGAUUUAUAUGUGGUUAUUAGCGUUCAGUUUCAAAAUAUUGAGGGUACAUGGAACUCACGAGGUUUCCAUUUGUGUUUUGGCUCCAGACAUAAAUCACGAAUGUAGUUUGUUUGGCCUUUCCAAAGUGAGACCGGCUAUUUCACUGGGUGUUGAAAAGGUUAAAGAAAUGCAAAUUUUACCAGGCGCGGAUCUAAAAGUAGUCUAUAAGAAUUCCAAAUGCUCAGAAAUUGACGCUACUAUAGAGGCAUUCGAGAUGAAGGAUCAAAAAGCGCACAUUUUCUUUGGCCCCGUACGAGAUCUGGCCGUCAAUUCAGUGGCCCAGUACGCCUCACGCUGGAACAUCCCCCUCAUUACCCCCGGGGCGCUGUCCGCCUUCUACUUUGAGGACAAGUUUGACAAGCACACGCUUACCCGUAUUGGGACGAGCUUUGGUGACCUGAUCAGGAUGGUUAUUCAAAUCCUCUCUUUCAAUAAAUGGGACAAAUUCAAGGUCAUUUAUGAACUAGGCCGUACUGAAUACACAUCACUUUUUCCCGAAUACUAUUCUUUUGCCGGUGAAUCCUUUAACACUGUUAUGAUAGGAUCAAAGUAUGAUGUAGACAUUACUUCAUACACAAACUCAUUCCAAAGUUUGGACGACUUGCUGGCCAAGAGAAUCGGUGGACUGUAUUCGGCGCCUCAGCACCCUUCCCAAAGAAUGUUUUCCCUGAAGAAGAUAAGUCCAGGAGUGGAAAUUGGAAUCGAUUAUGUCCGCCGUGAACAACUUCUUCCUCAAGUUGAUUUUACUGUACAUUUGGUGGAUACAAACUUUAGUUCGCGCGUUGCACCUAUUCGCGCCAUGCAGCUGAUGGAACGCGAUCAGGUGCAUGUAUUUCUGGGUCCUGUGUACGAUUACAGCCUCGCCCCCGUGGCACGGUACGCCCCUCAUUGGGCAGUUCCCGUCAUAUCCCCGGGGGGCUUUGCUCAUGACUUUAAAAGUAACCGUCUCGAGGAGUAUACCACACUGACUCGAAUUGGUCCAAACUUCGAAUCCACUGCUGACUUUAUAGGCAAAAUUAUACAAGCACAUAAAUGGUCACGUGCCUUACUGAUCUACCAAGGGGACGGGCAGCGAUUUGUGUUCCCCAGGUUUUGUUUCCUGGCUGCUAGCGCAUAUAUCUAUCAUUUCCAGCGAAAUAAGAACAAACAUAUCGCCAAACAAGACUUUCACAUCUACAUCCCAAACAAGGAGAGCUUCGAGAGUUUGUUAAGAAAUAGGGUAGGCGAGAAGUAUUCGGGUAAGUAAAGAAGCUUAAGAAACUCACCUGUC